AUGGCCAAGAUUAGCACCCAAUACUCCCACCCCUCACCAGCCCACCGUGCGGUAAGGACCAUGGACAGAGAUCUGGAUCACGUUGAAAAUGGCCUCAGCAGGACCCACUCGCCAUGCGAGGAGACAUCAUCAGAACUGCAGCAAGGAAUCACCAUGGAGACCAGAGGACUGUCUGAAUCCAGGCGAAGGUCCUUCACUGGCCAGGGGCCUGCCAGGUUGUCGCGCCUCAUCAUCUCGCUGCGCGCCUGGACCGCCAGGCACGUACACCACCAAGACCAGAGACCUGACUCUUUUCUGGAGCGUUUCCAUGGAGCCGAGCUCAAGGAGGUGUCCAGCCGAGAAAGCAAUGCCCAGUCAAACGUGGGCAGCCAGGAGCUACCCAACAGAGGGAGCAGUGCCUGGCCCCUGGCCAGAAACAAUGUCAACUCCUGCAACAACUCAGAGAAGGAAGGAAGGACCAGAAAGAAGGAACCCAUUGUGGUGGACCCCUCCAGCAAUGUGUACUACCACUGGCUGACUGUCAUUGCCCUGCCUGUCUUCUAUAACUGGUGUCUGCUAGUGUGCAGGGCCUGUUUUGAUGAGCUUCAGUCCGACCACCUGAUGCUGUGGCUGGUCCUGGACUACUUAGCAGAUGUCCUGUAUGGCUUGGAUGUGCUGGUGCGAGCCCGGACAGGGUUCCUUGAGCAAGGCUUGAUGGUCAAGGACACCAAGAGGCUUUGGAAUCAUUACACAAAGACCUUGCACUUCAAGCUGGACCUGUUGUCCCUGGUGCCCACGGACCUGGCUUAUUUUAAGCUGGGCAUGAACUACCCAGAACUGAGAUUCAACCGCCUACUGAAGUUUGCCCGGCUCUUUGAAUUCUUUGACCGCACGGAGACAAGGACCAACUACCCCAAUGUGUUCAGGAUUGGGAACUUGGUCUUGUACAUCCUCAUCAUCAUCCAUUGGAAUGCCUGCAUCUACUUUGCCAUUUCCAAGUUCAUUGGUUUCGGGACAGACUCCUGGGUUUACCCAAACAUCUCAAAACCUGAGUAUGGGCGCCUCUCCAGGAAGUACAUUUAUAGUCUCUAUUGGUCCACCUUGACCCUGACCACCAUCGGUGAGACCCCACCCCCUGUGAAAGACGAGGAGUAUCUCUUCGUGGUCGUAGACUUCCUGGUGGGCGUCCUGAUUUUCGCCACCAUUGUGGGCAAUGUGGGCUCCAUGAUCUCGAACAUGAAUGCUUCCCGGGCUGAGUUCCAGGCCAAGAUUGACUCCAUCAAGCAGUACAUGCAAUUCCGCAAGGUGACCAAGGACUUGGAGACACGUGUUAUCAGGUGGUUUGACUACCUGUGGGCCAACAGGAAGACGGUGGAUGAGAAGGAGGUGCUCAAGAGCCUCCCAGACAAGCUGAAGGCCGAGAUCGCCAUCAAUGUGCACCUGGACACUCUCAAGAAGGUCCGCAUCUUCCAGGACUGCGAGGCGGGACUGCUGGUGGAACUGGUGUUGAAGCUGCAACCCACAGUGUUCAGCCCUGGGGAUUAUAUCUGCAAGAAGGGGGACAUUGGGAGGGAGAUGUACAUCAUCAAGGAGGGCAAGCUGGCUGUGGUGGCCGAUGAUGGGAUCACCCAGUUCGUGGUCCUUAGUGAUGGGAGUUACUUUGGGGAGAUCAGCAUCUUAAACAUUAAGGGGAGCAAGUCGGGGAACCGCAGAACCGCCAAUAUCAGGAGCAUCGGUUACUCAGACCUGUUCUGCCUUUCCAAGGAUGAUCUGAUGGAGGCUCUCACUGAAUACCCUGAUGCCAAGAAGGCCCUGGAGGAGAAGGGACGGCAGAUCCUGAUGAAGGACAACCUGAUUGACGAGGAACUGGCCAAGGCCGGGGCGGACCCCAAGGACAUCGAGGAGAAGGUUGAGCACCUGGAGUCCUCCCUGGACAUCCUGCAGACCAGGUUUGCACGGCUCCUGGCCGAGUACAACUCCACCCAGAUGAGAGUGAAGCAGCGUCUCAGCCAACUGGAAAGCCAGGUGAAGAUCUAUGGGACGGACCUCCCAUCUGAUGGGGAAGCUCCCGGGGGUGCUACAAAAACAGAGGCCAAACAACAGUGAAAAUGCAGAUGUCUGUCUUCUGCCUCUCAGGGUCAGCUGUCAGAGGGAUGCUGUGUGGCCGCAGGUACAUGACACAGGACGUGGCCAGGGUUGAAUUCCAGCUCUCUUACCCUUUGUAAGCUGUGUGGCCUUGGGAGAGAGCCUCGGUUUCCUCAUCUGGAAAAUGGGACUCAUUACUUCGGCCCCAGUUAGGUGCCAGGUUGUUGUGAGGUCCACGUGGAACACUGCGUGAGGGCUUUGUAAAGUGUGAGGCGUCCCCAACCCAAGCGUAGGAAAGCACGUGCACAGAACUCUUAUUUUUUUUAAUCCAUGAGGAAUUUUUAGAGUUUGGAACUUCAUUUCAUUUUCUUGUAAAUGGAAUAUUAUGUAGUCACC